AGUAAUGGCUGCUGCUGCUGCUGCGGUCUUAAAAGCGCGCGCCGCUGUGCCCUCUGGUCAUUAUUAUCGUGUGAAGCACCGGCUGAGCGAUGCGCGCAUCGCGGGUCCUGGUGGCGGCGCUGGCGCUGCUGGUGGCGGCGAUCGCCGUGUCGGAGGCGGCGCAGGCCAUCAAGCCGCUGUCGCCCAGUGCAGACCACCCGGGGAAGUGCUACGACCCUGACAAUCAGCUACUGCUCGCCCCAGGUGAAAGCGCUCCCGCCAAAGGAGACUGCGUGCGCAUCUCGUGUGGGGCCACCGACACUGGCUUCCAGCUGGUCUUCAGCUCAUGUGGUAGUAUAGGUGUUGCGGAUGGAUGUGUAUUGGACACGCCAAAUCCCAACUUGCCAUACCCGCAGUGCUGCCCAGAGUUAAAAUGUUGAUGGUAGCAGCCAUGUGUAUUCGUAGUAAAUAAUACUUUUAGAAUACUAACAUUUCUUAUGUAACAUUUUUGCUGUCUGUUGUGUAAUAAAAAUUUAAAUAAAGCUGGAUUUCCAUUUC